GGUUCCAACUCCCAACUCUCGAGGCCAUUCCUCAUUUUCCUUCUUACACUCUCUCUUUCUUCAAUUCUCAAGCGACCAUAUUUUUCUACCCUCUACCUGUGCGUUCUCUCUUGAACUUCUGGGGCUCUGGGCUUGAGAAAUCUCGAUAAUUGCUAGUCUUGUUGAAGCUUUGAAUCUGGGGGGUUGUUGAAUUUUCUUGUUAUUAGUGUUGAGUUUCUCUCCAAUUCUCGUCUGUAGAGCUUGAGUUCAGCUUUACAGACUAGUUUUCUUCUCUCUUUGUGUUAAAGUUUCAAUCUUUCAUGUAAUUUGGUGGAAAUGCCUGCGACGGAGUACCAGGGGACAUCGACGACAUCCUUCUCGAGCUUCGGGCGGUCCAUUAUGAGCAUGCGGCGCGGCCAGGUCCACUCAAUGGAGACGGCGCCGGAGGCCUCCAACCAAGAAAUCGAGCUCGACGCUUUCCAGAAGCUAGUGGCGGCGCGUUUCGCCGACUUGUUGGCGGCGGAUUCCGGCGAGUUGCUGUCCAUUCCGUGGGUCCGGAAGCUGCUCGACGUUUUCCUGUGCUGCCAGGACGAGUUCAGGUCCAUCGUGUUGAACAACAAGGGGGGAUUGAAGAAAGCCCCCAUGGAUCGCUACAUUUGCGAGUAUUUCGAGCGGAGCGUGAAGGCUUUGGACGUGUGCAAUGCGAUUCGCGACGGGAUUGAGCAGAUCAGGCAGUGGCGGAAGCAUCUGGAGAUUGUGUUGUGUGCUUUGGACAAUCAGAGGUGUCUGGGCGAGGGCCAAUUUCGCCGCGCCAAGAAAGCCAUGAUUGAUUUGGCCAUUUCUAUGCUCGACGAGAAAGAGACUAAUUCUAAUUCUAAUUCUUCUGUUGCCUAUAGAAACCGCUCUUUCGGGCGCAAUUUGCAGAGGGAUAAUAAGUCUUUGAGCCACUUCCGAUCACUUUCUUGGAGUGUUUCCCGGAACUGGUCUGCUGCUAGGCAGCUUCAGACCAUUGGGAGCAAUCUAGCUGCUCCAAGAACCAACGAAAUCGUGGCCUCGAAUGGCCUAGCUUUGGCCGUUUUCACCAUGAACUAUGUUCUCUACUUUGCAAUGUGGGCUCUCGUGGCUGCGAUUCCCUGCCAGGAUCGUGGCCUGCAGGCACAUUUCUAUGUGAACAAGCAGCAAUUCGCGUGGGCAGGCCCUCUCCUCUCCCUCCACGAGAGGAUUCUCGAGGAGUCGAAGAAGAGGGACAGGAGGAAUGCUUGUGGAUUGUUGAAGGAGAUUCAUGGCAUUGAGAAAUGGGCAAGGACCAUGAACGAAUUGAUCGAUUCGGUUCAUCAUUUCCCCUUGCCCGAGGAAAAAGAGGGAGAAGUGAGGGAGAGAGUGCAAGAGCUUGCACUCCUUUUCGAUGCACUCAAGGAUGGAGUUAACCCCUUGGAGUGCCAAGUUAGGGAAGUGUUCCAUAAGAUCGUUCGCAGCAGGACCGAGGGGCUUGAUUCCAUUGGAAGACCGAAUCACGAAUGACAUAAUGGCAAAUGAUUUUGUCCCUCUUGAAACAAUGAUACGAGGCCGUGUGCCAAAAAUAAGGUUUUAUAAAGGUGAAAGUCUUGUAUCUAUUAACAAUAUAUAUCAUGUAAAGAAACUAGGGAAAAAGUUUGGAUCUUUUGGAUCCUUGGUGUUACUAUUACUCGUGUUCUAUCUGUACAAUAAAAGAUAUGUUUUAACUUGCAUUUCUCCCUGCAAUUGAUUUUAAGUUUGUCUCAA